GUGCCCACUUGGAAAGAAAAGAUGGCAGCGGAAGGAAAGGCGGAAGUCAUGUGACUAAAUAAAUGACCACAACACACUUCCUGUCCUGUUCUGUCACCGCACACCACACUCUUUUACAUCUGCUGCUACUGCAAGCGCAGGGUGAGGAGUCAAAUAAUGACGCCGUUGCUCCGCUUCAGCUGGAUCCAGCUUUGGACUGUCACCCGGGUCACCUGGAUCAUCUGGGUCACCUGGGUCACAAGCGUGUCGACAGGGUCGGAGCCGGAAGCGCUUUAUGAGCUCCACCAAUCAGAAGUGCCCUUCGAGCGAGCCCAAGAGGAAUGUCGACCCCACCAGCUCGCUACUUUUGCCACCCAGCAGGAGCUGGCCCAAAUCCUGCACGUCUUGUCCAGUUCUGACCUGCAGCUGGCCCAAAGGCUUUUUUGGGUGGGGCUGAGGAAGGCCAAGAACCAGUGUGUGGUUCCCUCGCUGCCCCUCAGAGGCUUCAGGUGGACCUCGGAUGGGCGUGCUGAGGUGCACCAGAGUCAAUGGGUGGAGGAGCCGGAGCACACCUGCACAUCAGUUCGCUGUGCGGCGCUGCUCACCCAGCAGGACCGCUCCACCGUCACCAAGUGGGGUCUGAUCUCGCUGAGCUGCAAGACCCGCAACUCGUUCAUCUGCAAGCUGGCCUCCAGAAGAGCUGACCCGGAAUCCACCGGACAGAAAGUACUAGAACCCGCAACUCCAGAACAUGCCCAGGCUGAAAAAAACAAACCGGCUGAACCAGAAAAAUCAACACCAGAACCAGCUGAACCAGAAACACCAGUUCCAAAACUGGCUGAACCAGAACGAACUGGACCAGAAACAUCUGCACCGAAACUGGAUGAACCGGUAUCUACUGAUCCUGGACAAACAGCACCAGCAACAGGUGAGCCAAAACCAGCUGAACCAGAGCCAACAAAACCGACAAAAGACCAAGACAUCAAAUCCGGGUCUCGUCAGUGUCCUUGGCCCGUUGUCCCUGGAGCGCGCUUCCUCAGUCUGGACCCGGCCGAAAGCAGCAGAAUCCAGGUGGACUGCUGGUCCCUGGUCCAACUGGACUUGUACUGUUUGGGCCCCCCCGCCAUUUGGCGCCUGCCCAACGGCGCUGCCGCCAAUCUGAGCUCAGUGUGCACGCCGUGUGGGCCCGGUUUUCUCAAAAAUGACUCGGGGGAGUGCGUGGACGUGGACGAGUGCGUUGGUGCACAUGAGUGCUCGCACGCGUGCAUUAACACGGUGGGCUCGUACGCGUGUGAGUGCACGGACCGCGGCGGCCGACAGAACCCCGAGGACUCUGCAGCGUGUGCGCCCACAGAGACCGGCACUGCCGGUCCCUUUUCAGGCGUCUUGGUGCCGGUGUUGGUGGCCCUGGCGGCGCUGGUGGUCCUGGUGACAUCACUCUGAAGCAAAUAAAUAUAUCAAGUUAUGAUGUACUAUAUUAUACAUUUUUAAAUGUCUUUAAUAAUCAUGUUAUGAUUAACUAUAUUAGAUAUUUUUAAAUGUUUUUUAUAAUAAACUUAUGAUGAACUAUA